UGUGAAGUUUCCGGCGUGACGUCACAGCAGUCCGGUGUUGUGCUCAUGGCGGCGGAGGAGCGAUGGUAUUUUACCAAGGAAGAAUUAAACAAUUCACCCAGCAGGAGAUGUGGAAUCGACGCAGAAAAAGAAUUAUCGUAUCGACAGCAAGGUGCAAAUUUGAUUCAAGAUAUGGGCCAGCGGUUACAAGUUAACCAACUAGCAAUCAAUACCGCCAUCGUAUAUAUGCAUCGUUUCUACAUGUUUCAUCCCUUCACGCGUUUUCAUCGUAAUUCCAUUGCACCCGCUGCCCUUUUUCUAGCUGCAAAAGUGGAAGAGCAGCCAAGAAAGUUGGAGCACGUUAUUAAAGUCGCCUACCACUGUUUAUUUCGUGACCAGCCUGCCUUGGACACUCAGUCAGAGGGCUAUUUGGAACGUGCACAGGAAUUGGUUGUGAAUGAAAAUAUCUUGCUUCAAACUCUGGGCUUUGAUGUUGCCAUAGACCAUCCUCAUACGCACGUGGUCAAGUGUUGCCAGCUCGUCCGCGCCACCAAAGAUUUGGCCCAAACCUCGUAUUUCAUGGCUACUAGCAGUCUUCAUAUGACGACGAUGUGUUUGCAGUACAAGCCGACCGUGGUGGCCUGUGUGUGUAUCUAUAUAGUCUGCACGUGGAGCCACUAUGAGAUUCAACGGGUAACUGAAGGGAAGGAUUGGUUUUGGUAUGUAGACAAGACUGUAACUCUUGAGCUACUUGAGACAUUAACAGCAGAGUUCCUUGCCAUCCUGGAUAAAUGUCCAAACCGACUCAAGAAAAUCAUGAAUUCAUCGCAGCACACAGAUGAGCGAAGUAAAGGAAGCCAGCCAGGAUCUUCGGCCACACUUCCUUCGACCCGUUCUAUUGCAGUGGUGGGAUCGUCAUCUGCUGUGGCUUCUCGUGGUCAUGAUCAUAACUCUCACAGUAAAGCAGCUCUGAAAGUGCCACCUUCACAACCUCACCAACACCCUCAACCACCAAAGCUCAACCUAAAGGAGUAUAAUGAGAAGCGGGAGAAAGAGCGACGUGAGCGAGAGAAAAUGCGAGACAGGGAUACCAUUGAUCCCCGUGAUAGCAAACAGUUUACCAUAGUAGCCACCUCUCACUCUUCUCAAGUUGUAACCUCUGCUGUGGCAUCCAUUGCUUCUUCUCAUGCUGCUUUGCAUUCAUCUCUUCCCAUACGUGUCAAGAGUGGAAAGAGCAGCAGUGGGCGAAGCACUCACCCUGAGCAUGUUAAAGCCUCAGCAGUUCACAGCAGUAACCACAAGGCACACUGUCAUGGUGCCACUCAGGUUGCAAGAGACCUGCAGCCAUCCUUAGAGUCCUUGCGUGUUAAUACUGAAGCUCCUCGCCAGGAGCAGCGGAGAGAUGUUAGUGCACGAAGUGAUAGUGAACGUUACGAUAAGGGUAACAGGACUAGUAGCAGUGUUGUUGAUGGCAGAUUGCCUCCAGUGGACAUUAAGCCUAGUGUAUCUGAUAAUAGACAACAGCAAUUGUUAGAUAUAAAACCCUCUAGACAGUCAUUAGAUUCUUCAUUAAUAGAUAGAAAAAAAGAGAUUAAACUUGAACAGAAAACUGUAGAACGUAAACCUCCCGAGCCAAAGCAAGAACUAGUGAAAAUAAAAGCUGAAAUGAAAACAGAAAUAAAAACUGAGCCAAAGGAAGAGGUAAAAUCACAGUACAACACAAUUUUUAACAACAGUGACAUGCCUGAGUUUGCACUUAGUGACUUUUUGAGUGACAAUACUUUCCUUAAUUUGAGUGAUGGUCCCCCUGACGAGCUGUUUGACAACUCUGAUACGGAGAAUAAACCUGAUAUUUCUGCCAUAUUAGAAGAUAAUUUAUUACCCUCUUCUGCCCAUCAAAAGAGCAAAUCUCCAGCAUCCUGCCAGCAGCAAGUCGGACACCAGGUUCAGGUUGCACAACACACCAGCAGUAGCCACGCUGUUGCAAAUGUUAGUGGUGUUAGUGGCAAUGGUGAUCAACAGGUCAGUGAGAGUGCUGGUUCAACAACAGUAUCUAACUACCAUAGUGCAAGACAUCAUCAUACCACCACUAAUGGUUCAGUACCUGCUCCUCAGCCUGCUCAGAUUACUUCUCAAUCUUCUAAGAGCUCUAACAGCAGAAGGUCUCGUGAUGGUGAAAGAAGAAACAGUGAACGUGGUGAGGCUGAAUUGGUUCCUAUGGUUACCAAGUUGGAAGACACUCGAUACCGCUCUGCGCUUAGUGACCCAGGCACUCCUAUCAAAGUGCGUCCGGAUGCAGCAAAUGUAGCAGCUGCAAAUUCAACCUCUAAACCACCUGCUCCAUCCCACAAUGCCACUUCAACAGUAAAUGCAGAGCCAAUACAAAAGACUCCGAGUGAGCCAGUAUUACGUGUGAAGGUUCCUCAGCCAGAGCAUUUAAAGGUUCAGGAGCCCCAAGCUGAACCCACACCUGGUGUUGGGAGUGGUAGUGUUGUUACAGAACAUAAGAAACACAAGCAUGAUCAUCCACACCACAAGCACAAAGAAAAAAAGAAACAGAAACAUAAACAUAAAGAAAAAGAUAAGCACAAGGAUAGGGAACACAAGGAACAUAAAGAACACAAAGAACAUAAAGAACACAGAGAACACAAAGAACACAAAAAGGACAGAAAGCACAAAAAACAUAAGGAUAAGGACAAAGAAAAACCCCGUAGUACUGGGGAAGGUGGGACUGGGCCCAUUAAAAUUACUAUACCUAAAGAUAAAAUUUUAUACACACCUGAACAACCUUUAGCACCUUUACGUCCUCAUACAACCACAACACCAGCCACUGUUACUGCACCAACUACCACUCCCAAUACUAAUCCAGGGAUCCCCAAGUUCAAGAUUACAAAGUCUAAACUCAGUAAAAAGGAUUUAUUUGGUGGCACUUCAUCCACUUCUCCAGAGAGUAGUCCUGCUGGUGACUUGACCCGUGAAACUCCCACUACCUCUUUAAAGAUCAAGAUCAGUCGGGACCGCCUUCGUCCAGAUAAGGAAUCAAAGAAAAGAGACAGGGAUCGCAGCCCAAGUGAUGUCCAUCCAGCAAAGAUCCCACGCAAUGGCAGCGAGGCACGGUCCACCCAUGCAGCCCCUCAGGUGGGUGGUGGUCAUUAUAGACCUCCAGGUGGUGGGGCUGUUCCUCAUCAGCGAUUUUCCCAACAGCAGAGGAGGAAGUGCCCACCACGUCACCGCAUGACUAUUCAGCAUUCCCAAUAUCAUCCUAGUGCCCCUCCAUCUGGCAUGAUGCCCAUGGUUCAAGCUGGUCCAUACCCAUAUCAACAGUUCUAUCCCUACCCAAUUCCUCCACCAAAUUUUAAUUACCCUCCACCUCCGUAUCACCUUCCACCACAUCACUCUCUUGCACCUAUGCCAUACAUGCCAACAUUGCCACAAGUUUACACACCCACCCAGUCUCUGCCUCAGAUUUCUUCAACCUCAAAUCCUCCACUUCCUACAGAACCACCACCACCACCACCUCCCCUACCUCCUCCUGAAUAAUACAUUAACUUUUUAUUUUGGUGGGUAUUAUAUAUUAAUAUUACAGUAUGUAUAACUUAAAUAUAUUUUUGUUGGGUGUUAUUAGUUUCUAUGUAAAAUAACAAAAUAUGUAAAUCUAUAUUUUUAGAUUGUUUUAUAAAUUUUUUUAUAACCAUCAGCCAUCUCCUACCAGGGUGGGGUGACUCAAAAAAAGGAAACAUACUUAUCAUUCAUCAAUAGCUGUCUUGCCUAAAGUGAGCAGACAUCACAAUUCAUAUGACCUUCUGAAGUGCAACAUCCCCACCCCUCCAGAGUGCAGGCAUUAUACUUCCCACCUCUAGGUCUCAAGUCUGGCUUAAUGGUUUUCUGAAUCCUUUCAUAUAUGUUACCAUGCUCACACUCCAGCAGCAUGUAAAAUCCCUAAAACCAUUGGUCUCUGCUCACCCUAAUCUAACACACACACGCCUGUUGGAUACUCAAGUGUUUACCAUUUAAAACCUCCUCCACACCCUCCUUCCAACCUUUUGUGAAAUUACCCCUAACCCCCCCCCCCCCAUCCAGCUCUGUCCCUAAAUUUCCAAACCGACCUCCUCUGCCCUCUGAAUAUCUUUCAUUAUCUCGUAUUGCUUUCAAAUUUCUACAUUCUGAAUUGUUUGUAUCAUAUUUGCAUUGCACAUUGUUCUCAAACAUGACAUCCCCAUUGCUUCCUCCUCAUUUGAUAAACACUGAGUAAAGCCUGUGAUGCUCUCAGGAAGCAACUGCAGACUGCUUAAGUGGCAAUAGAGGAGGGGAAGAACACUGCUUCUGCAAACACAUGAGCCUUAGGACCAGUUUGGGUCAGGGAUAAAAUUUCAUUGUGCUUAGUAUUCAGAUUUUGCACAUUGCUUAAUACUUUCAUGCUUACAAAGCAUACUCUCAAGUCCUUUGUACACUCUAUGCACUUCUUUAUUUGUGCUUACAUGUUAUCUCUGUGCAGAGUUGUUUUACAAGAGGGUUUCCUGUAUAUAAAUCUUAAAUCUUUCAACAACAAACCGGCCGUAUCCCACCAAAGCAGGGUGGCCCCCAAAAAAAAAAAAAAAUUCUCUUUUCAACUUUAGUAAUGUGUAUAUACAGGAUAAGGGGUUACUAGCCCCUUGCUCAUAAAUCUUAAAUAUUAAUGUAAAAAGAGUAUUAUACAGCACACCUUUGAUUUAACAGAUUAAUAGGGCAGAAUGAGUAGCUGGCAAUAUCAACUGUGGAUAGAUCAUUACAGUAAUGUACAAUUCCAUAACCAAUGGACUUUGUCCGUUUUUUCCAAAUCAGUUGACCCAGCAGAUUUUGUCCCAUGUUUCCAAAGUCUGGGUAGCAGUUAUUCUGUUAUUUUGGGUAGCAGUUAUUCUGUUAGUGGGUUGGAUUUGUGAAGGACCUUCCUAGUAUGAGCCAACAGGCCUAUUGCAGUGUUCCUCUUUUCUUACGUUCUUAAACUGAGGGGUUUUUGUAUAUUAGGUAAUAACUUAGGUAGUGUCAUUCACUGGUAAAUUAAAUAUUGUAGAUAGCCUUCCUUUAUGCGAGUUGGAAUCAAGAUGUUACCUAAUGUGCUUUGCAUUUUGCUUAUCACCUUGUCUGUAUAUGUACAGUAGAACCCCUGUGUCCGCAGAUUCAGUUUCCACUAUUUUAGUUAUCCAUGGUUUACCAUGGCCCGAAAAUAAUCCUUAAUUUUGUUUAAUAAUGGUACCAAAGCUCAAUAGUAGUGAUGGUGGCAGUUGUUCAAAGCUUAAGAGAAGCCAAGAAGUGCUUCCCAUCAGUAAAAAACUGCUAAUUCUCAACUUAUUGCACACACUUAUCAAUUUAACUUUAUCAUAGGUAUGUAUGAACAAAAAAUUAUUUACACAUAGGGUUCACUACUGUCCACAGUUUCGGGUGUGCGGUGUAUGUCUUGGAACAUAUCCUCCAUGGAUAUGGAGGAGACUACUGUAUAGAGGCACUUAUGCAUAAGUGUAUGCACGUACAUAGAAGAUGGUGUGAUGUUAUGAAAAGUGUUACCUAAAAGCAAAGGGGUUGUUGAGAUGAUUUUAGGGGUAGAUGGGAGGGAUCUGAAACAUCCCAGAAGAUAAAAGAAGUAGAGAGGAAUUCAGGAAGACCAGUUAGCUGGACUUAGUCCUGGAAGUGGGAAGUACAGUGUUUGCACUCUGAGUAUUGGUGGGGAUAUUGCAGUAUGGAGGGGCAUCUGAGUUGUAAUGUUGGCAACACUGAUGGCGAGUGUCAUAUUUUCGGGCCACCAUACCUCAGGAGACAGCCAGUUUGUUAAAAAAAAAGUAAUUUUAAGUUUUUUCAAUCGCUUAGCCCUGAUAAAAGGUGUUCAAUCCCUUACCUUAAUUGAACUGAAGGUAUUCAUUUACUUAGCUUGAUAGUGAUAUUUUUAAGGGAAAUUGUGAAUAAUGUUUUAGUGGUAGGGAUUUAAGCAUCCAGCAGGCAAAUAUUUGAUUGGAUUGAGUGGAGACAGUUUUUGUUUUUUUAUGUGCUUUUGUAGUGUGAUCAAGAAAAUAAAUGUACAUAAAAAGCAAUUUGUGGAACUUUAGUUCUGGAGAUGCGCGCAUGCACACACACACACACACACACACAC